GUGAGCGGUAUGUACCUGGAAUCAGUCAUGUGACUAAGGAGGAUGUGACUAUGAGGGAGGUCAUCCAUCUGCUUUGUAUUCAACCCAUGGCUCAUAGCAGCCUGGUUAAAAGCCUGCCUGAUAAUGAAAGCCAUGAAACAUGGCUUGAAACGGUCGUCCCUAAGGUUGCCGUUUUCAAGAAACCAGGAGUGUCAGGCCAUGGCUUGUAUGAAUUGAAGAAGGAAUGUCUGAAAGAGUUUAACCCCUUCUUCUAUCAUUACUCCAGACCACAACAUAGUAAGGCAGAAGAGGCUCAGAAGAAGAGGAGGACCCAAGAAGGCAGUGAUAAAGCCCUGCGUCCCCCAGUGCCCCCUCCCUUCUGUCCAGGAUUCUCAAACAUUGUGUAUCUGCUCUGCUGUGACAUCUUCAUCCAUAUUCUGAGGCAAAUCUUCCAGAAAGCAGUGGAGGACUGUUCCAGCCGAUGGACUGAACCCAUGAUCCAGAGGGCACUGCACCUUGUAGGACAGGCUCUGCUGGAGGAAAAAACGCAGUUGGAAAGCAACAGUACCGAGGAAGUGACUUUUGACUUUAGUCUGAAAGCUCAAAAAACUGGUUCUGAACAUGGCAAAUCUUUGUUCCACUUCCUGACCAAAAUAAAGUCUUUACCUUCUCUGAAAGCUCAGAAUGACAUGAUCACAUGGAACUUACAGAUGUUUGAGGUGGUGAAGUGUCUUCGGGAGAAAUCUGGUCCGGUAACUUCAUUUUCUCUGGAUCACAGCAAGAUGGAGGAGUGUGUUCAGGAUAAGGAGAAAGCCGAGCGGAAGAGGAAGGCUGAGGCUGCUAAAGCCCACAGACAGAAGAUCAUGGCUCAGAUGUCGGCCAUGCAGAAGAACUUCAUCGAGUCCAACAAGAUGCUUUAUGACAACGUGCCUGAGAGCUCGAGUCAGAGCGACACCACCGCUUCUGUGGAGAGUCUGGAUGUGGAUGAGAGCAGAGUGGCUGUGGGGCCUCAGCAGGGCGUUUGUUCCACAGACUGGGGGGCUCAGAUCUGCAUCCUGUGUCAGGAGGAGCAGGAAGUUCAGGCUCAGGCACCAGCCAUGGUCCUCACAGCAUGUGUGCAGAGAUCUACUGUUCUCACCCAGGACCGUGGAAAGACACUCUCCCCUGAAGUAGGCGGUUAUCCCUUGUUCAUGCCCCCAGAUUUGGCAGUGGGAACACACACUGGCAGCUGUGGACAUGUGAUGCACGCCACCUGCUGGCAAAAGUACUUUGAAGCUGUGCAGAACACCACUCGGAAUCGGCUGCAUGCAGACCUGAUCAUAGACCUGGAGAACGGCGAGUACAUGUGUCCACUCUGCAAGUCCCUCUGUAACACGGUCAUCCCUCUGAUCCCUGUGGAGCCCAGCAAGCUCAACUAUGAGAGUGCCGAAUUAGUUGGUCAGCAUCUCACUCUGGAGCGCUGGGUUCAGAUCAUGUCUUCUCGAAUCAGAGGGCUGAGAGGUACAUGGGAAACAGACAAAAACUGUAAGGAAGCAGCAGAGGAAACAAUGAUACUUUUUGAUGAGAGUCAAGCUGAUUUCAGAUCCAUUCUCAGUUUUGGAGUUCAAGAGCCGCCGAAGUUCUCUCGGAGUAUCACAGAGAUGUUGGGGGUCUGUGGGACCACCGUGCACAGGGUGGGAUUGCAGACCGCUCCCAAUGACCUGUGCCCAUACGUGCCUGUCAUGUCCUGGAACACGUGUGCCUACACCAUCCAGGCCAUCGAAAGCAUGUUACAGGAAGAAGGAAAGGCUCUUUUUGGAUCUCUCCAAAACAGACAGCUCUCUGGACUCAAAGCGUUAGUGCAGUUUUCAGCUUUUCAGAGGCUGAAGAGCAGAAAAGCAGUCAUACAGAAGCAUUUUGCUGAUAUGUUAGCAGUCCUGGUACCUGUUCCUACUGUAGUAAAUGCACCAUCAAUAUUAGAAGUGGACUUCUUUCAUCUACUGGUGGGGCUGAUUCUGUCCAUCCCAGCAUUAUAUCAGGAAGAGGCUGUAGACCUGCAGCCUUCAGCAGUCAGCACAGCGUUCAAUCACCUCUACCUGCUGCACCUGGUCACUAUGGGACACAUGCUGCAGGUCCUGCUGGCUUCACACGAUUGUGCUGUAAUAAGAGGGCCAGAGGAGGGCGAUGAGGCCCAUGCUGCAGCUGAAAUCUUCUCUAUUAUGUCUCAACACACAGAUGGGUUGAGAGCUGGUGUGUCUGGUUUCAGUGUAGAGAGUGUAAAGAGAGGUGUUCUUCCCUUCCUGCGCUGUGCUGCACUGUUCUUUAAUUGCCUUACAGGAGUUUCCCCUCCAGAGGAGCUGUCCGAAUCACCUGAAAGUCAGCUGCCUCUGCUGUGUAGUUACCUGUCCUUGCCCUCCAACCUGUUUCAACUGUUUCAGGAGCACAGGGAUGUUGGAAUCACCUUAAUAAAGAGGUGGUGUGGGAACUCAGCCAUAUCCAAAGCCCUCAAAGGUGAAAGCCAAAUCAUCAGGUAUCCUCGUAAGAGAAACAGGCUGAUAGAUCUUCCAGAGGACUAUAGUGUGUUGCUCAACCAAGCUAGUCACUUUAAAUGCCCAAACUCAUCAGACGACGAGCGAAAGCACCCGACUCUGUGUCUGCAGUGCGGGGUCACGCUGUGUGCGCAGAGCCCCUGCUGUCAGCAGCAGCUGAACGGGGAGGAAGUGGGAGCGUGCACGGCUCACGCCGCCAUCUGCGGGGCUGGAGUGGGAAUGUUUCUCAGGGUUCGAGAGUGUGAGAUCAUCUUGAUGGCCAGUAAGACACGGGGCAGUCCUCAUCCAGCACCUUACCUUGAUGACUAUGGAGAAACAGACCCUCAGCUUGG